AAAUAAAAUCUAAUUUGAUAAAAUAUUAUAAAAAAUUUAUUACAGGGAAUAUCUUGAACAAUUUUUAUAAGUUUUUGAAGGAGCUUUAACGAUCAUGUUUUCAACCAUGAAUAUCAUCACACGAUUCUUUAUAAUUAGCAAAAGAAGAAGAAGAGGAAGAAAAAGAAAAGGCAACUUUGUCACGUUCGAGUAAUUUUGCCGCGAAAAAACAUUUCUCCCACUCGGUAUCGCAAUCAUCCCCUUCUACUCAAAAGUCUAGCCAAUAAGGACGCAUCACUCACACCACUGCAGCCCCCUUGUGACGACCUCUGUCGGUAGUGAAAGAGGGUGUGUUAGGUUAAACGGUGAGGCGAUUGUCAUCGCGUCGUUCUUCGUGCCGAUUAAAGAGCCAACUUAGACGAUACUUGCACCUCUGCGGGUGCUUCUUCGCGUGUAUUUGCCAGUGAUGGUUCCGCGUUGCUUCCAUUACCUUGACGCCCUUAUUUUCUACACCGUUAAUAACCAAGAACAAGAAAAGAAACAGAAACAGUGCACGAUGAUCUUUUGGAUCAGUUUUCCUUAUUCUUCCUAUGUGUGGAAUAGACACUGACGAUAUGGAUGCAGUAUGGCUUCAGUACUUUGGCAUAUCUCUGGAAAUAGUUAUGCUUCUCCUGCCUUUGUCUUGCUCUUAUUGUUACUCUGCCCACACAAUACUACAGCCCGUGAGGUAAUUGAGGCUCCACUGCCACAGCAAGACCACAUUCCAUCACUGCCACCACCACCGGGACGUCUCACCACUGCCAAAACACCAAAGUGCGAUCAAAAAUUUAUAAGCACUCCUGAUGGGCCCCAAAAUGGAACUUUCUAUGCACCUACACUGAUAAAUCUAGAAGGAGAAUCUCGGCAGUGCGUUUACACGUUUUUAGCAGGACCACGUCAACGCGUGGAACUUAUUUUUACUACAUUUGGUCUUCGAGGCACACCACCAGCUGGAUCUGCUGUUGGAGAAUUACCUGCUUGUAGCCAUGAAUACAUGGAUAUAUAUUCGGAAAUUCGUUCAGAAAACACUACCAAGUUAAUAGAAACACCAUUUGGAGGUCGUUUUUGUGGCCCUAUUCCUCCUCGAAAACGUGUUUCUCUUUAUCAAGGCAUUGCUCUCAGUUUUUAUACUGACAAAAAUAUAACGUUACCUAGCUUAUUCAGUGGGAAAUAUACUUUUAUCAAUGCAUCUGAAUUCGAAGUUGGAACACCAGUACCAAGUGCACCAUGUUCUUUCACAGUAAAUUCAGAUGCUAAACGUACUGGAAACAUAUUAUCUCCCACUUAUCCAGGAACUUAUCCAAAAGAUCUUGCAUGUAGUUAUCAAUUCAUUGGAAAAACAAGUCAAAGAAUACGCUUGGAGUUUCGAGAUUUUGACUUAUUCUUUGGUGGACCGCAUUGCCCUUUGGAUUACGUAAAAGUAUAUGAUGGACUCGACAAUUCAUCUGCUGUUAUUGGAACAUAUUGUGGGCAACAACGAAAUUUGGUAUUAUAUUCAUCAGAAUCCAGUCUAUUUGUAUUAUUUGUUACUCUUCAGCGUACAGCGAAUACACAAAAUCGCGGUUUCAAAGGAAUUUUUGAAUUUUCAGAAAGUUUUGUUAAAUUAGACUUUAUAAUCAGUUAUAAUGGUGAACAUAUACGAGGAUCGGAAUGUGAUCAGAAGAUUUUAAGUAAAAAAAAAUCUUCUGGAUUUGUGGUUAGUCCUAAUUUCCCGUUUCCUUAUAUGCCAAAAGUUGUAUGUCGUUAUUUUAUUUAUGGAAUGCAAGAUUCACAACAUCUUGAACGUGUUCGCUUGGAAUUUGUAUCAUUUGAAAUUCCAAAAAGUGAGGCUAAAGGAGAUUCAGCAUGUACUGAUGGUUACUUAAAACUAUAUUUGAAAGGUCAAGAAGCAACAGAUUCUUAUGAUAAAUUUGAUUAUGAAUUAUGUGGUAUGAAAAGUAAUCCAGAAAAUGUAGUUAGCGAUGGCCCAAGACUUGUUAUGGUAUUCAGUAGUGGAGAAUUUCAAGGGAAAGGUUUUAAAGCACGGUAUACAUUUGAGACAGAAUAUAAAAUACCUGGAACAGCAGAACCAGAUGGUACUUGUACAUUUAAAUACAGAAGUUCCUCUCGAAAAAGGGGAGAUUUUAAUUCCCCGCGAUAUCCUAGUAAUUAUCCAAGUGAUACAAAUUGUACUUAUUUCUUUUAUUCAACGCCAAAUGAACAAGUGACAUUGAUCUUUGACCAUUUUAAAGUUAGAACCAAAAAUCUGAAUGUAACGUCCGGUCACUAUGGGUUUGAAUUAUGUCAAGAUGACUGGUUAGAAAUUUAUAUUAUGUAUCGCGAUAAUACAGAAAAAUUAAUAGGCAGGUAUUGCGGUAUGACUGCUCCAGGACCAGUAGAAUCAACUCUUGGUGCUCUUGGUUUAAAAGUAAUUUUACAUUCAGAUUCCGAACUUGUUUAUAGCGGAUUUAAAGCGCGUUAUACUUUUGAGGUAGCAAAACCAAUUUUUGGAGAUUGUGGAUCAAAUAUUAGCAGUCUGAAUUAUGGAGUAAUAACUAGUCCUAACUUUCCAAAUAAAUAUGAUGGGCCGUCGAAAAAUUUUGCCAGUAAAACAUGUAAUUGGUUCAUAAGAGUACGACCGAAUCAACAAAUAUUAUUGAAUUUUGAUAAAUUUUCUGUAGAAGGUGAUCAAACUGCACGAGGUUGUCCUGCAGCAGUACUACGUAUGUGGUAUUCUAGUUCGUCCACCCCACUUGAGCUUUGUGGUGUUAAAAAUGGUGAUUCCAAGUGGAGCUUUUUAUCAGAAGAUAAUAAUAUGCGUCUUAGUUUCAUAUCAGCAGAUAAAGCAGUUGGACAACAUGGUUUCAGAGCAAUAUGGACAGAGAUAAAUAAAAAUAGUAAUUGUCCAAAUCAAUUUCUUUGCAGCAAAAAUAAGUAUUGUAUUGCAGAAACCUUGAGAUGUAAUAAUAUCAAAAAUUGUGGGCCGGACGAUUCAUCGGACGAAGAGAACUGUGCUGCUAUGGUACCAACAGAUAGCUAUCUCAUCCCAGCAGUAUCUGCUGCAGCUUCUAUUUUAGUUGUUCUGUUUGUAUGCCUGCUAUGUCACAAACUUAAAAGACCUAUUCAAGAAGUUCACAUUGAUGAUCUACAUCAACGUGUAGAAGAACGUCAUCACUGCUAUCACCAUCAUACUCUUCUGCAACAUCACCAAGAUCAUAUUCAUGAAUUUAAUCAAUAUCAACUUGAACAACCAAGCCCACCUAGUGACAGUGACGCUGAACAAGUAUGCGGUGAUGAAACAAGUAGUCCAGAUAGUGUGUGACCGUGGCCACUUGCAGCGUGGUUACAAUUCUGGAAUUCCUUGUACUUCUCCACGUUGCUUCCCAGACUCUUUCUAAUGUGUAACUAGUUGUUAUUGUUGUUACUGUUGUUGCCUGAUGGGAGCAACUUACACAGUGUCAUCAGCACUCACUAUUACAUAUGUCAACACGUUCCUUUUAGAUUCAAGUGAGACAAGAAACUGAUGUAGAUGAGUCUAUCGAUCAAUUCAAAUACGAUCGCUUUUACAUCUUAUUUGUACAGAAUAUAUUAUUUUUAAUUCAAAACAUAAAUUUACUAUGUUUCAGAAUAUAAAUUUUAUCAGCAAUACUUACGUGUGCUAUAUUCAUUACACUAUGCUAUCAUAAUAUUACUAGUUAUACUAAUGCUGCUAUUUCAUAAAAUAUAUAAUUUGCAUGUAAUAUAUUUUGUACAAGUACAAGUAGGCAAUGUCUUUUUACUAAUGUGAAUAAUAAUAUUGCAAAGUAAACUUUUUUGUACAAUCUAUUGAAAAUGGUCUUCAUGUAUCUGGUAAUAUAUAUAAAUAACUGUCUCCUAUCAUUAUUCAUGAUUAAAUAAGGUACAUUUUCUUUUUCAAUUGUUAAUAUAUGAAAAAAAUAUCAAAUUAUACAUACACACCCACACAUCAUGUAAUAUAAAGAUUUUUAAUUUCUUGUUUUCAUUAUGUGGAAAAAUUAAAAUCAAUUGGUUAAUGAGUUUAAUAAAUAAUAUUAUAAUGCGAGACAUAAUUAAUUUUAUAAUAGUUUUGCUAAAUACUCAUAACAAGCAUUAGUACAUGUAAUACUGAAAAUCAAUGAAUUAGAAAUACUUUCUAUUGUUACUUCAGCACACAUUAUACUAUAAUUUACAACUACUUUUAACUGCCAAUUUACUUAUAUUAUUUAACUCUCAAAAAUUAAUAUAUAUAUAUAUAUAUAUAUAUAUAUUUAUUUAUUUAUUUAUAGAUUUUAUAUUACAAACAAUUUGCAAAUCUUUUCAAUUAUAUAUUUAAGAAAACUACUAAGAGAAUUUUAAUAUAUAUUUCACAGUAAAUGCUGCCAUGGGAGCUAAAACAAAGUAUAUUCUAAACUAUCUUAAAUAAAUUUCAAGGUACAUCUUAUAAGAGGAUGUAAACUAGCAAACAAGGAUAUAUGCAAAAGAAGGAAGGUCAAGUAUAUAUAUAUAUAAUAUAUAUUUGAUAAUGUUAAUUAACAUAUUCCAGAUUUCUUGAAAUAAAAUCUUAUAUACAUUGUGUACUACAUUCCAAAAUCUAUUAAAAGCAUUUUUUCAUGUUUUGUAGAGCAUUGAAACAAACAAUAGUACAGAAUUGUGAGACUUUGUAAUAUUGAACCGCCGUGUUCAAUUUCUUUAAAUAUGCGGAAAAAAUUAUGUGAUAUACAUAAUAGGUAAUUAUAUAUGUAUGUGUACAUGUACAUAGUGCAGUUUAAAAAUGAUGUUUAUUUCAAUACACACUAAACAUUACCGAAAAAUUAUAAGCGUUUUGUAUUGCGCUUCUGGCUAUUAAAGAGUUAUUGUAUACGUUUAUAAUUUCUACAAUCUUUUUAAAUAUAUUGACUGCACGAAGUUACUAAUUAGAGAUAUUUUAGUAAUAUCAUAUACAAUUCAUUUAAAUAUAAUCCGCAGAUCUAUCAUCUAUAAAGUCUUUUGAUCUCUAUUAGAGAAAUAUUUAAUGUGCAAACUUUAUAAAAAUGCAAACUUUUGUUCGAACUAUAUUAUAAAUAUUAAAUGCAACCAUCAGCAUUUUUAUUGUGAGAGAAAAAUAAUAAUUUUGCAUCUAUUAGCAAUAUUGUUUCUGUAUAAAUCAACACAAUGUAUAUACAUAUAAUUUAUGUAAUUGAAAAUGACAUAUUAAAAAGCAAUUUGGAUAAUAUACUACUACUUUAAAAUUAUAUAUAAUACAUAUAGGUGUAUAGUAUAGAUAUUUUAGUAAUAUCAAAGAAUUACUAUAUAAUAGUGUAUGUCUAAUGCUAUAUUUGUAAGUAUGAAAUUUGCUAUAUAAGCAAGGCAUAUUAAUUAGAAAUACUUAGAUUAGCUUAGGUAUAAUACAUAUGGUAUUAUCCAAGUAUGGUACAAUCUAAGCAUGUAUUAACAUAUAUGAGAAAUUUUUCUCAGAAUAUCAAAAAUUCUGGUUAUCUAUUUAAAACAGAUUUGAAACAAAUUUUAAAUCAGAAUUCCAAAUGAGCACAUUAUUAUAGAACAUCCAAAAGGCAAGUAUAGACAUUUUGGUAAGAAAAUCAAUAUAUGUUUUGUAACAAAAGCAAAAUUAUAUACACCUGCACUGAGUAUAAUAGGACCAUAUAUAUAAAGAAUAUCAUAUUUGUAAAAAAAAGAAAAUUGUUUCAGUGGAUUUAGUAAACUUAUGUAUUCUCAAUUAUUAUCAAUACAUUGCAUUUUAUUUUGUUGUUACUUGAAAAUAAUCGUUUUAACAUGUUGUUUUAUUAUAAAACUAUUUGAUUUAAUCUGUAAUAUUUAUUUAAUUGAAAUAUUUA